AUGGAAGGGCACGAGGAAGAUGAAUUGGAAGAUUUACAUUCAACUGUUUACACAUUUCCACCAAAUGUACAGAAUGUGAUCGAACAGGUUAGGUUGACAGUAAGACUGUCAAAAUGUAUAAUGACACUUAUCCUUAACAAAUAGCUGGUGUUUUCUUGUCUUGUUCAAUAUUAUAAUUUGUUUCUUUUCUUCUUGUUUUUUGUUUUAAUGAUUUGAAUGAAUUUUAUAUCAAAUAAAUAUUAAAUAAUUUUUUGUUUCUAGGUUUUACCUAGUACAGAUCCAUUGGACCAAUCAAACUUUAAUGUAGUGGAUUAUAUAAAUUCUUUGUUCCCAACAGAACAAUCUCUAUCGAAUAUAGACGAUGUAGUAAACAAUAUGGAAUUAAAAAUACGUAAUAUAGAUAAGGAAAUUCGUUCGGUGGUACGUGGACAAACAAAUGUAGGUCAGGAUGGCAGAGCAGCGUUAGAGGAUGCACAGAAAGUAAUAAAACAAUUAUUUGUGCAUAUUAAAGAUAUUAAAGAUAAAGCAGAACAAUCUGAGGAGGUUGUUAAAGAAAUAACAAGAGAUAUUAAACAAUUGGAUUUUGCCAAGAGAAAUCUUACUGCAUCGAUAACAGCUUUAAAUCAUUUACAUAUGCUUGUGGAAGGUGUAGAUACCUUAAAAGUAUUAACGCAAAAGAAACAAUAUGGUGAAAUUGUUUUACCAUUGCAAGCUGUGAUGGAAGUGAUGCAACAUUUUAAUAGUUACAUGGAUAUACCUCAAGUGAAGCAACUGUCUGAUGAAGUACAUCAGAUACACGUUGAACUGGCUCAACAAAUUACGGCAGAUUUUAAACAAGCAUUUUCUGGUCAAAAUCCAAAAUACUUUAAUCAACUAACUGAAGGUUGUUUGGUAUUAUCUGUAUUAGAUCCCAAAGUCAAGAAAGAUCUACUCACCUGGUUUGUGGGUAUUCAGCUACAAGAAUAUGCACAUCUAUUUGAUGAAAAUCAAGAUUUUGCGUGGUUGGAUAAAAUAGAUCGUCGUUAUAUGUGGAUAAAAAAGCAUUUACUUGAUUUUGAAUCAAAGUUUGGUACCAUUUUUCCACAAGACUGGGAAGUUUCUGAACGAAUUGCUGUGCAAUUUUGUCAUGUUACAAAAGAAGAUCUUACAAAGUUAAUGCAUAAAAGACGUUCUGAAAUAGAUGUAAAAUUGUUACUUUAUGCAAUUCAAAGGACUAGUAAUUUUGAAUCAUUGUUAACGAAAAGAUUUAGCGGCAUUACUUUAGAAAACGUAGACACGACAAAUAAGAAAAAUAUUACCACAGAUACAACUGAUAAUAAAAUUCCGGGAAAUCCAUUCGAACAAAAUGAUCAGAUACAAAAUGAAAAACCAAAACCAUCACCAUUUUCAAAUCUCAUCGGAAGAUGUUUUGAGCCGUAUUUAAAUAUUUAUAUAGAGAGUUUAGAUCGUAAUCUGGCAGACCUAGUGGAUAAAUUUAUCUCAGAUUCUAAAACACAACCACCAGGUGCUAAAGAUUUUGAUGGUAUUGAGGGUCCUAGUAGCGUAUUAUCUUCUUGUGCAGAUCUGUUUAUAUUUUAUAAAAAAUGUAUGUUACAAUGUACGCAACUUAGUACUGGUUCAAUUAUGUUGAAUUUAGCUGAAACUUUUCAAAAAUAUUUGCGAGAAUAUGCUCUUAAAAUAUUGCAAAAUAAUUUACCUAAAAUUGGCGGUGGUGCAGGCAUUGCUACUAGUAUGAGUAGUAUACGUGAUUUUCGAGAUCUUUCAACCUCGGGCUUUAUACAAAAUUUUCAAAGUUUUUUAAAGGAAGGUGAAAGUACUAGAUUCAAUAAAGAAGAGCAGUCACCCGAAUAUUGCUUAGAAACAACACAACAAUUAGAAGAAAAGCUAAGAGAGAAAACAGAUAAAUGUUACUCAGAAAAAAUUAAUCUAUCUCAGGAACAAGAUAUUUUUCAUAAGUUCAAUGGAGCGCCAUUGAGGUUGUUGGUGAUCAAAGUAAUUAUGUUAAUACCAUUGUAGCGCAUCUUCGACAAACGAUACCUACUAUCAGAGAUAAGUUGUCUUCGUGUAGAAAAUAUUUUACCCAACUAUGCGUGAAAUUUGCAAGUUCGUUUAUAGUAAAAUUAGUACAGCAAUUGUAUAAGUGUAAACCUUUAAAUACUGUUGGUGCUGAACAAUUAUUAUUAGACGUACACAUGUUGAAAACUGCUUUAUUAGAUCUCCCGUCAACAGGAUAUCAAGUUCAAAGAAAAGCACCCGCCACGUAUACUAAGGUUGUAGUGAAAGGCAUGGCAAGCGCCGAAAUGAUACUUAAAAUCGUGAUGUCACCUAUAGAAUCUCCAAAAGAUUUUGUAAAGCAAUGUAGAAUACGUUUACCCGAUUUACAAGUGCCAGAAUUUCAAAAAAUUUUGGACAUGAAGGGUUUGAAAAAAACAGAUCAAGUUUUAUUACUCGAACAGUUUAAGCAACCUGAAAAUAUAGAUAUUUCACAUGACACUAGGAAUUAUAUCAUUCAAGAUAGUCCCGAACAUGAAGCUGGUCGAAUAAAAAGAUUGGAAAAAAUAAUUGCUUAAAAAGCCUUACCUGUACCAAAGCCACUGCAGUACAAGUUUUACGCCUGACAAGACGUCCCAAUCGUGAUUUACCUUUCACAAUACAAUACGGUACGCCCAUUUUACGACAAAGGGCAGGUAGAAACAAAACAACCUGUAAUAACAGACAAUGGAUAAAUAAAAGAGAGUAAUAUAAUUAGUACUUGAUGACUCAAACAAUAUAUCACUCAGUGUCAUGUUUCAUCCUUUGAAAAGAAUUGAUUAUAUUAAAUUUAUUCUCAGGUGAAGAAAUUCAAACAUCAUUGUUAUGGAACAAUUAA